CCCAAUGCCCCCCCACUCUCUCUCUCUUUCUCUCUCUUCAUAAUAAUAAAGCACAAGGGCUGCUCCUCAUCUUGCUGUUUUUAGUUAGAUAAGAGCAAAACCAGAACCAAAUUACAAGUUUUCAUUCUUGCAACUUUGACAUAUAAAUAUGUCUAGUAUGUUGGAGGUGAGAGUUCCUAACUUGGACUGUGAUGGGUGUGCUGCCAAGCUUAGGAAAGCUUUGUUCAAGCUCAAAGGGGUGGAUGAGGUAGACGUCGACAUGGAGUUGCAGAAAAUAACGGUGAGGGGCUACGCAUUGGAGGAGAAAAAGGUGCUCAAGGCCAUCAAACGUGCGGGAAAGGCGGCCGAGCCAUGGCCGUAUCCAGGAUACUCGUAUUUCUCCUCAUUCUACAAGUACCCUACUCACAUUAUCAGCCAUUACUACGACACAUCGAGAAAUGUGGUUGCACCCAAUGUGCACACCUUCUUCCACACACCGGCUGUGUACUCGGUGGCUGUGGCCUCCGACGAGGCCGUAGCCUCUCUUUUUAGCGAUGACAAUCCUCAUGCGUGUUCGAUCAUGUGAAAUACCUACAUUAGUUCCUUUUAAUUUUGUUUUAUUUUAUUUAUCUAAUCCAAAUUUUGCUUUUCUAAAGCAUGUUUUGAGUGCGAUAUUCACUUGGUAUUUGUGUAUUA